CGCGCCCAGUCCGCUCCAGAGGCAACGCCAGGGACCCCGCUCCCCCAGCGCAGGCGGCGGGUGCCCCCUGCAGCCCCCCGGACAUUUGUCAGAUGAAAUAAUGUGGGAAUGAUACAAUCUUCAAGGAGUUUAAUAUGGCAUGCAAGAAAUCAUCUCCAUCAGCUGAGGAGCAAUCUUCCACGGAAAUAGAUGAUCUUCAGAUUUCACUGCACGUGGAGCAGGAAUGUAUCCAGAAGAAAACCUUCACUAGUUGGAUAAAUUCACAGUUGGCAAAGCAUACUCCUCCUUCCGUUAUCUCAGAUCUAUAUACAGAUGUCAAAGAAGGUCGUGUGCUCUUGGACCUGCUGGAAGUACUUUCAGGUCAACAACUGCCACGGGAGAAAGGAUGUAACAUGUUCCAGUGCAGAAGCAAUAUAGAAAAUGCCUUGAAAUUUUUAAAGAACAAAUCAAUCAAGGUCAUAAAUAUUCAUGUUGCUGACAUUAUUGAAGGAAAACCUUCCAUUGUGCUUGGCCUAAUUUGGACAAUUAUAUUACAUUUUCAUAUUGAAGAACUUGCAUGGACCCUUGGUAGUAGUUAUAAUCAGCCAUCUCUUGAUUGUUCGAGCGUUGUCGACUCAUCUUCAGCUGCAAGCCCACAGGCAAGAAAAAGAGGUAAAGUUAAGAAACGGUGGAAGAUAUCUGCUAAAAAGGCCCUCCUGUUGUGGGUGAAGGAGCAAUGUUCAAUGCAUGGAUCUAUCAAAGUGGCAGAUUUCCAAUCAAGCUGGAGGAAUGGACUGGCUUUUUUAGCUAUCAUCCAUGCUUUAAGACCAGAUUUAGUUGACAUGGACAGAGCAAAGGGUAGAACCAACAAAGAAAAUCUGAAGGAGGCUUUUAAAAUUGCAGAACAUGAAUUAAAUAUUCCAAGACUUCUUGAACCUGAAGAUGUCGAUGUUAUCAGUCCAGAUGAAAAAUCUAUCAUGACUUAUGUAGCUCAGUUUCUGCAAUAUUCCAGAAGUUUACCUGUAGCUGAAGAAGACAUGCAGGGGAAAGUAAAAGAGGCCUUGAGCUGGCUGACUGCACAAGAGAAGAAGUUAACAAAGUUGUUGGUUGAUACAGAAAGUGAAACUUGCUAUAGAAAAUUUCAAGAAAUGCUGUCAUUUAUGGAAUUGUUUAAUGAAGAGAAAAGACCCUUUCUGCCAGUGUUGUCUUCAAAAAGAAGUGUGCCUGAGCUAAAUGAAGAUCAGAAACGGAUGAGAGCAACAUGGGAUAACCUAACCUCCCAGAUUAAUGAAUGGAAAACAAAGCUGGACCGUGCACUACCCCCACCUCUAGACAGCAUCGAGGUCUGGCUCCAAGAGGUAGAACAUCUGCUGGCAGAUGGUUUACCUGAUUCGCAGGACCACUGUAAAGCAAUGGCCCUCUUCAAAGGAAAAAUUAUAUUAUUUAAGGGCUUGAUGGAUUAUUUUGACUGUCACUUGGUCACCCUUCAAUCCUUUGAGAAUAAAGAUGAGAAGAAUAUGCCACUGGUUCCAACUGACAAGCUAGAUGACAUGAAAAGAAGAUUUAGCAAUAUCCAGUCUACAAACUUCAGCAUACUUCUAGAAUACCACUUCUGCCUGUGCUCCGCUAUCUCGGAUGAAGUGACAUUAAAGUUAAAUAUCAGGGAUAUCAAAUAUGGGACUAAGGAAUCUGUGGAGUUAUUGCUGAGAGAUUGGCAUGAUUUUAUUGAAGAAAGAGGAGUCAUAGCUCAACUAGAAACUGCUUUUCAAAUAUGUGAAGACAUGAAAAACAAAAACAUAAGCACGAAUGUCUUAGCUGGUGAUCCUUCAGACACUGGUAAACUAUUUAAGAUGGUAGACUCUAAGAUUUCUACAUGCAGAGAAUAUAUUUACAAUGUAAACACUAUCCUACAAAAAGUUCUGUGUUCUUGGGCUACUUAUAUGGAGAACAUUCAUUUACUGAAGACAUGGUUGGACGAAACACGAAAAGGACAUCCUAAAAAGGUCCCCACUGAGAUUCUGGCAGACUGGAACUCGGUGCAUGGUACAUUAAAUGAAGCUGGAAACUUCUUAAUUGAAGUCAGCAAUGAGCAAGUGGGAUCAGAUAUUUCUAAAGAACUGAAAAAACUGAACACAAGAUGGGCUAAAUUUAUAAAGAGAACACAGUUUGAGAUGAGAUUACUGAGAAUGCAAGAAGAGCAAAAGAAGUCAGUUGUUGACAGUAAUGGAAAUUCGCAGCCUCCUGCAGAGGCAGUGCCAACUGCAUGCAGUGCUACAGCAGAUAUAUCAACAGAGGCUAGCAAGAAACAUAUUCAGAAUGCAAAGCUUAGAGAAAAGAAUGCAGGUGUAACUGAACAGGCCACUGAGCUUCUGCCCAGAGUGGAGAAAAUUGAAGAGCUGCUCAAAGGAGUAGAAAACUGGGCCACGGGAACAGAAUGCCUUCUUGAGACCAUCAAACGUGAAGGAUGCGUGGGAAGCUCAACGGAACAAUCUUUACAGAUCCUAAUUGCCAGAAGAACCUUGUGCCAAGAACAAGUUGCUGCAGCAGAAGAAAUCUUGCAAGUUUUGACACGUAAUAUUUCAAGCCAGGUGUCCCUCCCGGAUUUUGAGACAGCUGGGAUACAGACACGAAUUAAAGAAGUCAGAGAGAGACUCCAGGCUACCAUGAAUAACCUAGACCUUGUCUCACCCAAAUCUGAAGAGACUCUGUCAAAAAAGGAGGUCAUGAUCAAUUUUGAAAAAUCCCAGAAGGAGCUUGAAACAUCUAUUUUAAAAGCUAUGCAACUCAUUGGCCGAAAAGUGAGCCCAGAUGCGCACAUUUCAAAAAAUGAGGAAGCUUUUAGCAUUUUGGACACAGGAAUUCUUGAAAAGUUUUUGAAAACAGCUGAACAAUUGAAAAAUAUUUCACCAGCUCAUGAAAAGUUGGCAGUGGAGGAAAGAUGCAAAGAUGUUCGUGAAAGAUGGGAGGUAGUUCAUCGUGAAAUCAUAUCAUGUAUUCAGUUCAUAAUGGAAAUUGAAAUAGGGAAAUUUAAUGCAACUUUUUCAAAACUCAGUAAGCAAAUAAAUAAAGAGAAGAAACUCCUUAGCAUCGGUAAAACCAAGGGACUUAUAAAAGAACACGAGGCUUUUUUUUCUCCUGAAGGCAACCUCGGGGAACUAAACAACUGCCUACAAGUUCUUAAAGCAAUGUGUGAAAGACUGGCUGCAGAAGAAACUCACCUGGAAACAAAGACACUAAUUGCAGAGUGUGAACAAAAGCAAGAAGAACUUCAAAAAUGUGCAGCAGAUGCUUAUGUAACUCUGCUGUCCCAUGUUGGAAGUGGUCAGGCAUCUAAACAAGGGGGCUCUAUACUUGCUCCUGAGAAUGGAGAAAAGGAAGCAUCUUCCCAAUCAGUUGAUAUACUUUCAACUCAGGAGGCAUCAGGACCAGUUUCAGAUGUAAUUUUGAAAUCAGACAUGAAACAACAGAACGGUGAAAGCUGUACAAAGAAGUUUGAGAAAGACACUGAUUUGCCCUUAGAGGCUUUAUUAGAGAGCUUUGAUACACAGAGGAGUAAUGUCGAACUUCAUUUACAAAGAAUCAGAGAUGAAGUAGAGUCUCCUUUUACUGAUGAAAUAAAAGACACCUUAUGCCUUCAAAAUAAGCUACUAGAUCUACAGGUCAUAGAGAGUGAAGCUAAUUCUUGUUGGACACAGUUUGAAAUUAUUGCGUCUAAGUUAGAAAAUCUUAUGGAUGACACAGAGAAGCCUGUUAUCUCUGAAACACAAAACAGACUUAACAGAGAGUGGAGUGAACUUCAGAUUAUUCUAAAUGCCAGAAUGAAGCCUUUAAAGAUUGCUUUGGAAGUUGUUUCACCGAUAGAAAAUGAAUUCAUUCUUCUAUGUGACUCAGACAAGCAAUGCCACAAAAAGGACAUUCAGCAAUUUACUCUGACAAAUAUUGAUCUCAUUUAUGGAGAACUGAAGAAGGUCCAGAGCUGUAUAGUAAAUCAGAUUGAAUUAUGCAGACAACUGGAAAACCUAGACUGCUCAACAGGAGAUGAAUUUAACCUAAUAGAUUUGCAAGCAGCAUGCGAGAUUAUGCUUAAAUAUAAAAGGCAGUUUGAAGAAAUGAAUCAUAAAAUGCAGGUCAGCGAAACGGUCCUCAAGGAACUGGAAGCUUUUUUGGCCUCAUUGAGAAGAGUUAAGCUUUCUAUUGAGCAUGCAACAGACUCUUCAGUUUCUGACAAACCUGAGGUGCAAGGAAACACAUCAAAAGAAGCUGUGCAGGAAGAAGUUUCUCUCAUGAAAGAAAAGGCUAAAUGUUUGGAUGAGCACUUGCAGAUGGUUGAUAUCUACUUGGAAGAUGCUGAAUGUGGGGGAAAGACUUGCUGUGAAAAACUAAUUGCGGCUUUAUCUGAAAAGGCAAACAAGGCUUUUGUCCAUCUAAGUAAGCAGGAGCUCAUCCAAGAAAAUGAGUUACAGGAGAUUUUUUCCACAAGAAAUAAUGAACUCUUAAAAAAUAUUCAAGAUCUACAUGAUAAGAUUAAUAAAAUAGGCUUGAAGGACCCAACAAUUCCUGCUGUUCAACAAAGGAUAAAAUCAUUAACUGAAUUGGAACAGGAAUUGGGUUGCUAUGCUAUUGAAAUGAAAUCCAUACGAGAAAUUGCUAACAAGUUUCUACAGACUGAAGAGACAAAAGGAGAAGAAGCAGAUGAACAGUGCACAGUUACAGAAAGGUUGUGGGAGGAUACAAAACUGUCACUUGCUGAAUGCCAGGAGCAGUGUGUGAGGGUGUUGGAGCUCCUGAAGCAGUAUCAAAGCUGCAAAAAUAGUCUGACAAGCAUGAUCCAGAAACAAGAGAGUGUCCUCUCACAGCAGACUUCUUACAUGGGGAAAGACAAUCUGCAGAGGAUGAUAGCAAAGAUUGAAGCGGUUAAAGAAGAAUUUGACAAUCGCUCUGAAGAUGUAGACAAAAUAAAUCAGAUCUGCAAAAACCUCCACUUCCAGCUCAAUAAAAUGAGAAGCUUCGAGGAGCCCCCCUUUCAGAAUGAGGCUGACAUUAUUGUGGACAGAUGGCUGGAUAUCAAUGAAAAAACUGAAAACUAUUGUGAUAAUUUGGGAAGAGCUCUGGCUUUGUGGGACAAACUUCUUAAUUUAUUCAGCAAGACUGACACAUGGGCAAAUACACAACUUAGGAGUAUAGAAGAACAUCAGCUGACUGAAGAGGAGGUGACACAAUUGAAGACUUCUUUACAGGUUCAAGAGCAAAACUUAGAGGAAUUUGACCGAAAAGUGGCUGAGAUAGAACAUCUUCUUCAUAACAGUGAGCCUCCAUUGGAGUUCCAGGUCAUCAAGUCAUCUGUUGAGAACAAAAUGGAGCUAAUACGAAAGCACUUACCGAAUAAGAUGAGACCCAGUGAACUCAAUGGCAAUUCAGCAGAGCUAAAAGGGGACCUUGACCUAGCCAAGACGCAGAUUGGGAUGACAGAAUCACUUUUAAAAGCUUUAUUUCCCUCUGACACUUUAGAGAUCUUUACGAAAUUAGAGGAGCUACAUCAGAAAAUUCUCCAACAAAAACACCAUGUGAAAUUACUGCAAAAAAAGACAGGUUGUCUGACUCCAGAAGUGGCUGAAUUAAAGAAGCAGCUUCAGUGUAUCACUGAUUUAUUUAAUACAAAGAAACACAUUUUCCAGGAUCAUUUUAUCAGUCUUUUGAACUAUCAGUGUAAGGAUUUUAAUGAUUGGUUCGGCAGCGCUCAGCUAUCUUUAAAGGAUUGUUUUGACCCAUCAGAAACAAAACAGACAUUGGAAGAAAAAUUGCAGAAGCUCAUGAAUUUCCUAACUUUUGAAGGCAAAGAGAGUGACAUCCAAGAGGUAAAAUCUCUCUUGAGUAAGGUGAAGACUUAUUUGCCUGAAGUAAGUGUUAACCAGCUUAGUAGCUGGGUGAGAGAUCAAGAAGCAGAAUUACAAAGCGUAACCUCCAAAUGUCAAAAACAAGAAAAGAAACUUCGUGCUUCUCUGAAGCAACUCAUUAGACUUCAAGAAGACAGCAGUGGCUUGAAGGAAUGGCUCACCAUUCAGGAAGAAAAAUUGCCAGAGACCAAAAAUGAGAAGAUAAAAUUAGAAAACUUUUACCAAAUGCUAAUAAAGCAAAGAGAAUCAUUUCACUCCCUGUCUCAGCUGGCAAAUUCUUUGAGGGAGUCUGGGUUUACAAGAGAUGAAACAGUGUCCAAAUUCAGUCAUCUCAUUAGUCGGUAUCAGGAACUACAGACACACGUAAGUGAAGCGCUAGGAAUUACUCAGACACAGUCCAUGGAAGGGCAGAAUUUUGAAGCGCUUGUACAGAACAUGUCUUCUUGGAUAAAAAGACUUAAAGAAUCAGUUAUUGGCUUGAGUUCACGGGAAGGCAAGUUGCCACUGGAAGAAAGGAUACAUCAAAUAAAGGAAAUAGUUUUUCUCAAAGAUAAGGGAGAUGUUAAAAUGCAAAACAUCAUAGCUCUGGGCGAAACCUUAACAAGUACAGAAGGAGUGAAGGAUCCUGCCGUUCAGCAGACCAUUUCUGAUCUCCAGAAUCAAUGGGAGUGCACUAUUCAUUUAGUCACCGAAUAUCUAAGUCACCAAGAACAGAUUCAGCUUCAAAACAAACGAUACAUGCAGAGGAAAGAAGAUUUGAGAUUAGUGCUAACUGAACUGAAGAAGCAGCAGCAGGAAUUAGAUUUUGAUGUUCAGGCUGGUUUGCAGGAGAAACAAACUCAGUUAACAAAUUAUAUAAAACUCCUGCAGAAAGCAGAAGGUUUAAUGUUCCUAUUGAAUGAAUUAAAAAGCCAAGGAGAUUACCUACAGGAUUGCAUUGAGGAUUCCUGCUUCAUGGAAGAAUCACGGAUAGAACUAAAAUAUCUGCAUGAAAGUCUGCUCAGCCAGUUGCAGAGCUCUGCACAGGCACUGGAAGGUCAUGGUCAAGAACACCAAGUGUUCCAGGAUACAUUGGUAGCCUUGAAUAGCAUGCUGAAGAGACUAUCUGUGAAGCUUUGUCAUUGUACUGAUACUUCAGUGGAAAAGCCAGCAGCUGAGAAACACCAGUUGAAAUUGCAGGAACAAGCACCUCUUAGUCAAUGUGAAGACACAUUAAAGAAGAUUUUGGCUUUAGCAGAAUCUGUUGAACAAAACACCUCUUCACCGGGACAGAAGAUUACUAGGGAUGAAAUGGAAACACUUCAGUGUAAACACAGGAAUUUGAAGGACAAACUUAAAAAUGUCAAGCAAGAGGGUGAGAAUAUUCUCAGUGACGCCCUUGAGUCAAAACAUGCAUUUGCUGAGGAUAUAAAGACGCAGAAUAAGGCAGAUACAAUGAUAAAGAGAGAGAAGCAGGUCUUUUCUGAUAUUCCCACUGCUGUUGAAGAGAACAGCAGAACAGAAGAGCUGGAAGAAUGCUGGAAACUAAAUAAUGGUCAAGGUUUAAAUGGAAAUGUAGCAGAGAAAGAGCAACAAAAUAAUCUGUAUUCUGAAGAAAGCAGAUUAUUGGCAGAUAGUCCUCUAAAAGAUUCACAUCAAAGCAAGAACACGCAAGAGCAAACAGCUCAGAAGAAAUCUAGUGAUGUAAAGAAUCAAGCAUACAGAGAAAAUGUACAGCAGUUCCAACAAUGGCUGUGCAGUGAGGAGCGAAUGCUGAAUUCCUUUGCAGCUGAAAAAGAGAGACUAUCGUCCAAAGAAACAGUUUCCAAUCCUGAGGGUUCAAAUGUGGAAAUGGUUUUCCAGAAACAGCUUCUUCCUGAAGCCCAAGCAAAUGCUGAAUAUAUUGAGGAGGAACAAAAGGUCUCUGAGCUGAAAAAUCAAACUGCAGAAUUGGAUGUUGUGUUAGUAAAUGAGCAACUAAAAGAGAUAGAGAAUUUAUACGCUGAACUGGAAAAACAGAGAGCCACAGCUUUGUCUCUGAGGCAAGAAGUGUCCCCCAAUGCAACAGAAAUGAGUACAUCAAACCUGCACACCACAGAAUAUAUGGUUUCUUGCUGGGACAGAUUGCUUCAAGAAUUGGAAGCCAUUAAGAAGGUUAAGCAACACCAUUAUCAUCUAGUUAACGAUUAUCAGGAAAAUCUGUCUGCUGUUCAGUCUUCAAUGAAGAGUUUAUCAACAGAAAAAGAAAACAUAAAAACGGGCCCUAUGAGCAACACUGUUCUGGAAAAAAUAAAAAAAUGUAUGGAUUCAGUACAGAAGGAGAGAGACAUUUUAAACAAGCUGAAAACUGAACGAGAUAAUUUAUCUAGGUAUCUGACAUGCAUAGAUAAGGAAUUAACAGAAAGUCAAGUGAAACAACUUGAGCGAUGGUGGGAACACAUAGAGCAAUCAGUGCAAAAGAAACAUUAUCAAGUUGUCUCAGAAAUUGAUGAAUUUAACCUUCUCAUGAACAAAGCACAGGACAUUCAAAAGUUGAUAGAGCACCAGCAGCAUUUACAAGCUGGGUUGAGUUCCCCAGAUGGACAAAAAAACAAAUAUCCAGUACUUUGGACCUCAGAGCUACAAGCCAUUAAACACAGUGUUUCUUUGUUAAAAAGAAGCACUGAGCUGCAGAUGAAAAGGAUUUGGAGUGAGGAAGAAAAGAAAACUUUGGAAAAUUCAAUAAAUGAUUUGCAGAAUCAGUUGGAAGUAUUGGAGCACCAAACUCCUCAGGAGGAUGUACAGAUCCUUAGCUCUGAUCCCAAGAAGUAUGAAAUCAUGAGAAGGAUGAAAGAGAAUAUAUCAUGGGUCAAAGGUUCAUUGUUUUCUCUUGAUCAGAAGGCAGCACUUUCCCCAGAUGAUAUUAAAAUACAGAUCAGAAAUUGCAAGGCUGUGAACAGUGUAGCUGUAGACAAAGAGUCUGCUAUUGUGUCACUGGCUGAUGAGACCCAGUGUAUCAUUCCUGAUUUGAAUCCAGAGGAAGUUACUGAUCUGAGCGCCCUUUUACAAGAAUUACAGAAUUCAUACCAGGCGCUUGUUUUAAAAUCAGCUCAAAGAUUACAACAGCUAGAAUUCCAACUGGAAAAAAGGCAGAGGCUUAUUGCAGACAUAGAAAGAGUUCACAGCCAGCUUCACCGUGCUGAGACGCUGACCAUUCCCGACAUAAAUCAAACAAUCAAGUGCUCUGAGCUAGGCAAUCUACAUGUCAUUUUAAAGGAGCUUUCAGAGGAAAUACAGGAGAUGGAAGGUCUCAUCUCAUCACAUCUCCAAGAGAGUCAGCACUCACGUGGGGAACUAAACAUAUUUGAACAAUUAUUUUUAACUGACCAAUUAAGAUGCCUUAAGAAUAGAGCUAGGAAGAUACAGAGGUUAAUCCAGAAUAAAUGCCAUGCAGUGGAAAAAAAGAUAGCUAUCUACACAGAUCUCUCUGAAAGAAUAACUUUAUUGCAUCAGGAGCUUAGUGAUCUAUGGUGUGAUGUAUUGAAACUGGAGAGAGAGGAAAUAUUAAGUGUAAAAGAGGAAGGUAAGGUUAAACUCAAUGUGCUUAAAGAGAGAACCUUAGCUAUUCAAUCUAGUUUGUUACAAAUAGCGAAGUACAAGGAAAUAUUUGACUGUAUAAACCUAAAUUGGGACACUUCACACCAUGAUGAAUUGCAAACUCAAUUUCUUGAAAUUAAAAAUAAACUUGAAGAGAAGAUUAAAUGCUUUGACAACUUUGUUAUAAAAUAUGACAGGCAUCAAGCAUUGCUAAAUGAAAUCCAGGCCAUGACAUCCAGUAUAAAGAAUGAAGCUGAAAUACUAACAAAUAACCCUGGCUCUUCCACAGAAACCAAUUUUAUAUCAGCACAGAUUUUAUGCCAGAGAGUUCAACAAAUCAGGUACUUAAUCCAGGAGGCAGUAAAUCAAUUAAAUAUAAAUGAAGUCUUUGAUGGAUCACUCAAAGAGGCUAAGACGCAGCAAAUAAAGAGCCUGGAGGAAGAUAUUGAUGGGUUGCAUCAAUUUUUCCAAAACAUGAUAGUGGAUCUUCAGGCAGAGCAUAUAAAUAAACAAGAUUUCCAGAGCAAAUUGGAACACACAUUACAUACCAUAAAGCAGAUUAAAUCUGAGUUUCAGCAGCCACUUCUGGUAGACUUGGAAAUGAAAAAAAUUCAGUAUGAAAAGAUGCAUUGUGAAGCAAUGCAAGACAGGGUGCAAGCAGAAUUUUGUGCCCUGAAAGAUCUAAUGGGUAAAGAGAAAGAAAAGCAAGAAGAAAAAUCUUAUUUUAUUGAUGGUGUAGAAGCAAAAUUAGAUGAACUGGAAGAUCUUGAAAUACAGCUGAAGACAGAUAUUGCUUCCCGUGUAAAUGCCAUAGACGAAGCUCAUGAGAAUGUUAAGCUUUAUACCAAAGCUGUCCAAAGGGCUGUGGAUCUCCUCACUGAAUAUGAAAUCAGAAUUCUCUCAGCAAAAGUUGACCUUGGUAGUCUAGAAGAGUCCUGCCAAAUUCUACAUUGGAAACCAGAAGAAUUUGAGUCUGCAAAGGCAGACAUAGAGGAUCUGACCUCCAAACUGGAAAACAUAAUUAAACCAAGAGCCAAACCACAACUGAAAAAUACUUUAAGUGAACUAGUCACUAAGAAUUCAAUACUAAGGGAGAAGGCGCAAAGGAAGAGAACUGAUAUGCAGAGGUGCUUUGAAAAAUACAGAAGCUACACAAAAAUCAAAGAGAAGCUAUAUGCUAAUAUUAAUGAUCUAGAAAAGAUGCUUGGACAAUCUUUGUCCCAAAUUCCAACGUCUUAUAAGGAAGCUCUGGAGUACUUGGAACAAAGCAAGGUUUUGGUCUCUAACCUUCUUUCGGCUGAAGAGGAUCUAAUGACGUUGAGACGGGACUCAAGAGACCUGAGCAUGAUGUGCAAAGGAAGUGACUGCACGCUUGUCAGGAUUGUGUCAGCACUGUGGGGAAAGUGGCUUGGUUUGCUCGAGGCUGCAAAAGAAUGGGAGAUUAAUUGUGAGGAGCUAAAACAGGGAUGGAAAUUUGUCAACGAAGAAGUGGAACGGCAAGCAAUAAUUCUAGAUAAUCUUCAGGAAGAACUACCGGAAAGUCCUAAAGAGAAAGAGAAGGCCUCCACGGAUGCACUUUUAGAAUUGCUAGAAUAUGUGGACUGUUACGAGGAAAACAUGGACAGAGAGCAACUGUUAUUGCUUUUACUACUUCAUCGUAUAAGAAGCAUCCUGAAUGUGCCUGAAAGCACGGAGAGAAAAGCAGCCGUUCCCAUUCGAUACGAGAUACAUGUAAUGCAAGAUCGAUGUAAAAAGCUAUCUCAAAAGGUUCAAAAACACAAAAAAUCCGUGCAGUCUGAGAUUCACGAGAGAGACAAGAUUAAUGAAGAAAUAAAGGCUGUAAGGAGUUCAUUACAAAAGGUCUCAUUUUUGUUGUGUGAUGAAGAGUCACAAGAGUCUACUGAAAAGGCAACACGGUUGGAGGAGAUUCGGAGUAUAAUUAACAGAGAGAAUCAAACAAUUACGGAUAUUAUGGAGAAACUACGAAUCAAGUAUUCAGAAAUGUAUACAAUAGUUCCUGCAGAUAUUGAAACACAGUUGGAAGACUGCAAGAAAACAUUACAAGACCUAGAAGAGAAGGUUAGCACCAAAAUCUUGCAGAGCUCUCCUCAUUAUGUGAUGAAUAAAAAAGUAGAGAAUAUUAACAAUGGCCUGCAAGCUGUUGAAAAGAUGUUACAACACAAGAGUGAAAACAUUGCAAAAGCCAAGGAAAUUCAAAAGACAAUCUGGGAUGUGCUAGACCUUUGGCAUUACAAACUGAAUGAACUGGACUCAGAAGUGCAGGAUAUAGCAGAACAGGAUCCAUGUCACGCACAGGAAUGGAUGGACACUUUAAUGAUUCCUUUGCAGCAGUACCAGCAGGUCGCACAACACGCUGAGCGCAGAACCACACUCUUAAACAAGGCCACUAAUAAGAUGGAGGAAUAUGAGGAACUCUUGAAGAGCAUGCAGUUAUGGAUAGAAACCACCAAUCGUUUGUUAACCAUGGAGGCUGAAAAUGACUCUGCAAAAGCCCUGAGUAAACAUGCCAAUGCCCUUCAAAUGGCACUGGAAGAUUCGGAACAAAAGCAGAAUCUUCUACAUAACAUCUAUUCACAACUGGAUGAGUUAUCAAUAAUCUUUGAAACAGAAAAUAUAGUGCAACAGAUUAAUGAAGUAAAUGGUCAAGUAACAUCUUUACAGCAAAAGAUAGUGGAAAUUCUUCCACAGAUCCAGCACAUGGCUGAUGAGGUGGAUGCCAUUGAAUCUGAAGUGAAAGUGAUAGGGAAGGAUGUUGCCAAAAUUAAGACGAUCUUGUCAACAGAAGAUAUAUUAGAUUUUUCUCCUAAGGAGCAUCUUAGACAUGGACAGGUUAUACUUGGCCACAUCAGUCCCUUGCAGAAGACCCUUGCUGAGAUACAGGGCUACAAAGAAGGUCUUAGGUUACCAGGAAUGAGAAUGCAACCUCUCUCAGUCUUCAGAAGAACAGCUCAACUUGUGAAAGAACUGAAAAUGUUAGAAAAAAUGACCAAGGAACAAAAUGAGCUACUGGAGUCAAUCGUAAAAGAGACCGAUGAAUGUGAACAAGAAAUUGAAAAGUUGAAGCAGUUCUUAAAGAACCAGCUGGGUGAACUGUCAUAUGAAAAACCUUUGUUUCCUCAGACUGCUUCCUGUCCAGAGGGGGAAAUGGAAGACAUAAAAGAACAGAUCAUAAAACUGUGCCAGAAAAAAGAAGACAUCCUUAGGGGUAUGAAGAGUUCAAUGCUGGAACUUCACCAGCACUUACAGCAAGAACAAUCUGAAUCAGAGGAUGAACUUUCUGUGCCUCUGUCACCCGAGGAAACUGGCUUGGUUGGGAAAGAUGCCUCUGAACGGCAGCUGAAAAAGAAAGGAUCAAUGUCUCUCCUGCCAUCUUUAGUUGAAGAAACAGAAGACAGUUCGUUCCACAGUGAAGAAAAUGCAAUAGCACCGACAGCUGAAAGUUUUUCACGUCCAGGGAAGGGAAAUGAGAGAGACAAAGAAGAGAGCAGAGCUUCCUGGUCCUCAGGCACCCUAUCAGGUGGCAUUGCCCUGGAUGCUGAUGUGUUAAUAGAAUCAUGUGAUAAACAUGGCAAGGAAACAUCUUUUCAAGUUCCACAGAAAGCUGGAAGCGAUGAAGACUCUGCUACAGGCCUUAGUAAUUGGGCAGUGGGUGACACGCCUUCUUCUGACACAAACACUUGCCAGUGCUUUCAGAACAAACCAGGAGAAUCAAAGGAAACAGUGGAUAGCAAUAGGCCUGAGCCUGAAAAGAUCCUCCAUGUCUGCCAGAUACAGGUUGCUGAGCUGGAGCUGUGGCUAGACAAAACUAAAGUGUCCCUGGAGUCAGAAACUCAGAGCCCUGAAAUGCAGCAGAUGGUGGAACAGCAGCUUGCUGAUUGCCAGGUUAUGUUAUCAGAGAUUGAACAAAAGGUUGCUUCUUUAUUGGAAGAUUGCAGAGAUAGGCAGCAAGGAGAUAGUGCAGGCCCUCAGAAAGAAGCAGAGGCCCUUUCCUUGAAGCUCAAGGAUGUGAAGUGCAAUUUGGAAAAAGUCCAGGUGAUGCUUCAGGACAAAUACAGUGAAGAACAGCUCAACAACAGUGAAAGGAUCCCUUCAGAACUUCUUCAGCCUGGCAGCUCCAAAGUAUCCAACCUUGUUACCACUGAUGUGCCACCUUUCAGCAACCAUAAUGGUUUGCAGCAGCAUCAGAAUCUGCCGUUAAAACUGACUGAGCAAAAUAAUCUUGUCGACUUCAUCAAAUUUUAUGUAGAAAAAAUGCAGCCACACUUUGAUGACAGCACUACUCAGAAGUUAGAUUCAAGCAGUAACGUACCUAUUCCAAGGAGUGACUUUGCUGGUCCAUUUUUAAAGGACCAGACUGGUGAUAAGUGGCAAUAUUUACAACAAGAGCUGUUUUCUACGAUGAAGUCUCCUCUGUGUCAGCUUGCUGACCCUCAGAUUACAACAAAACUGAAUAUUCUGCCGAGAGGUGCUGUAUGUAGCAUUAGAACCCCAACUGUUGAGGAACUGAAAACCUACACCAUGCUGCUUGGAGAUCUAAGCCAAGAAGCAAAUGUUGUGCAGACACAGGAAAAUGGGGCCGGGGAAGCGUCCUUAAAUUUGGACAGAAAGCUCUUUGAGCUGCUUUUGGCGAUCAGUCAGUGUUUGAACAACAUGGAAGAGAUGUUAAACACCUGCGUGCUCUCCAGUGAAGAGGCUGCUGUGCAGCAGGGACUGUGUGAGACUCUCUCUCUAGAGCUGCAAAAACUUCACACAGAUAUCAGAGAUAAAAAGGAUGAUCUUUUAAAGUCUAUUACUUGUGCCGAUGGAAGUACUGAUGUAUUCUUCGAGUGCUUUAACAACUUGCAAGCCCGGCUGGAACUAACUCAAACUGCUGCUGCUUCUAGAAGCAAAUCAAUGAAAGCUGGGCUGGAUCACAGUAGUAAUUAUCAGAAUGAAGUCAGGAUGUUGUAUGAUCAGUUAAUUGAGAAAAAAUCUACUCUGCAACAAACCUUGAAUGCAAUACGUGGGCAUAAUGUUGCUGAACAGCUUCAGAAAACUGAUUCAUAUACGUUGGAGCUACACAACUUUGAGACCCAAAUAGCAAAACUGAGAGAUCAUGGGGAGAGAUUUCAAUUACCUGUUGCUCUGAUCCAUGAAGUGUAUAAAUUAGAGGAUGUUCUGAAUGACACCUGGGGGGUUCUGAGAGCCAAGUAUAUGGAACUAAACUCUCCUUUCAUCAGCGAGAGCCAAUACGAAGGCUUGAUUCGUGGGUUGGCAGAAUUGGUAGACAUUGGACGAGAGAAGCUUGCUCAGGACUCAAAGCAGCUAGCCAAAAGUAGAGCUACUUUACAGUCUCACCUGGAAAAUCACAAGGGCUUUUUUCACAAGCUCAUUGCUCAUAUGCUUGUCGUGCAAUCGUAUUCCAAGAAGGUGGCUCCUGCUACAUUACAAAAAAAAGAGAAAUUCUGGACUGAGCUGGUGGAAGACGUCAGGUCGCUGGAACAAAAGGCUUCCCAAUAUGGCAUACACUUGGAGAGUUUAUUAAAGGAAUGGUCAGAAUUUGAUGAGGACUAUGUACCUUUCAACAAAGAAUUAGAGGCGCUUGCUUCUGCAGUGCCUUCUGUGAAUUUGGUAGACGAGACAGAAGAAAGAUUAAUGGAGAGGAUUACACUUCUCCAGCAAACCAAAAGAAACAUUGAUGAAAAACAUGCCAGACUUUGCCAGAUGGUGAAGGAAGGGAAGAAAUUGAUGACUGUUGUGAGCUGUCCUGAAUUAGUAAACCAAAUUGGGAAACUAGAAGAACUGUGGUUGUCCUUAACCAAAAAAGUUGGCCAUGAGCUGCACAGACUUCAAACAUUACUCAAACUCUUGGUCAGCUACAACAGAGACUCAGACACGUUAAUUGAAUGGUUGCAGUCUGCUCAGAAGAGAAUGAAUUUUUGGAAGGAGCAGUCUCUCAAUGUGUCACAAGACCUACAUACUGUCAGAAACAAUAUAGACAGCUUGUUUGCAUUUUCUAAGGAAGUAGAUGAAAAAUCAUCCUUGAAGUCAUCUGUCAUAAGCACUGGCAACCAGCUUCUUCAUGUGAAACAAAUGGAUGCUGCAGUGCUUAGAUCAUCCUUGGCACAGUUUGAACAAAAAUGGGCAGAACUGAUCACUCAGUUCCCAACCAUCCAAGAAAAACUUCACCAGCUUCAGAUGGAAAAGCUUCCAUCUCGUGAGGCCAUCACAGAAAUAAUGACAUGGCUGACCCAUGUGGAACAACAAAGAGAAGAUGAUGAGGCUACUGUAAAUUUGCAAAGUAACGCAUCCCAAGUCAAAAACCUUCUUCAGAAAUAUAAGGAAUACAUGAUGGAGAUGAACUUUAAACAGUGGAUGGUUGAUUUUGUUAACCAGUCGCUGUUGCAGAUCAGCACUUGCGAUGUAGAAAGCAAGCGCUAUGAAAGGACAGAAUUUGCAGAGCAUCUUGGUGAGAUGAACCUGCAGUGGCACAAGCUGCAAGGGUCUCUGAACAGAAAGAUACAAGAAUUGGAACAUAUUUUGGAAAUCGUCACUGAAAAUGAAAACAAAGCACAAACUCUGAGCAGCUGGCUGGAAGCACAAGGCGAGAGGCUGAAAUCUUUGGAAAAGCCAGCGAGUCUAAUCUCAGUACAGAACACUUUGGAAGACUGUAAGGAGCUAGAAAAUCAUCUUGCAAUUAAGUCCAAAGCUCUGGAUCAGCUAAAACAGAAUUAUAUGGCUUUGGAAGAUGGUGCAAAACAAACCUCAGAAGAUAUGGCUGUCAGAAUGGAUAAGCUACAUGAAAUGAGGAACAGUGUUGUCAGUCAGGUAGCACAGUUAAAAACCUCAAUGCAGUCAAUAUUACAGCAAUGGAUAAUUUAUGACGAAGCCUAUGAAGAAGUUAACCUGAUGAUAAUAAGCUCUUUGUACUGCCUAGAACAAUGCAAACCUUCUGUAAUAUCGCUGGAAGCUUUGAAAGGCCAGGUGAAGACUCUGCAGUCUCUUCAAGACAAAGCAGAGAAGAGUGAAGAAAGCUGGGCCAAGCUCCAGGCUUCUGCUGCUAACCUCAAGAAAUAUUGUUGUUCCUCAUUUGCAGAGAUUAUUGAACAUAAAUGCAAGGAGGCACAUGCAAGAUGGACUCUGGCAAAUGAAGAAGUCACUGAUGAGCUACAGACAGCACAAGCUUUGUUAUUGCUUUGGGAGUCGUAUGAUGGGUUAUACACUGAGGCAGCAUUGAGGUUAGAACAACAUGAAGAGCAGUGUCAUCAGCUCUUGGGAGCUCACUUACCUGAAGACAACAUGGAGGAAGUCCUGAAGCAGAAGAUACAGGAUGUGAAGAUACUGCAACAAGGCCUUCAAACCGUAAAGGGAAGCUUUCUCCAGGUUUCUGAGUUGACAGACCAGAUAGCACAACAGGUUAAUGCAGCCACACAUGCAGUUCUCGCAGAGAAGGUGCAUCCUCUCCAAAGGAUAGCUUAUUUGGAAAAGAUGUUGCAGAUGAAAUCAGAUGAAUUUGAGUUCAACCUUUUACAACUGGAGGAUUUCAAUAAUUGUCUGGGCACAGUGGAAGCUCGAAUUAAGACACCUAUAGAAGUUUUGGAUAAGCUGUAUCUCCAGGGAAAAGAAGAAGACUCAGAAUUGCUCAUGAGCCACAUGUUGGAGCUCACUGCAGUGUCCCCUGACAUUGAGAAUCUGAAUGAAGUGAGCUUUAGGCUACCACUCAGUGAUUUCACUGUGAAGAAACUACAGAGCAUGAAUCGACAGUGGGCUCAGAAGACAGCAACAGCCCUGGAGCAUUGCAGUGAAUUUGAGGGAAUUCCAUCGGAUGAAAAGAAGUUUCUUCAGAAAUGUGAAAACUGGGUACAAUUUCUAGAAAAGAUGAAAGAGGCUUUAAAAGUGAAUAUUGCUGGCAGAUUUGAAAAGCUUCAGGAACAACAGAGAAUAUAUGAGAUGCUGCAAGCGGAGAUUUCUGUAAAUCAGCAGAUUUUUAAUUCUAUCAUAUCAAAAGCAUUACUUUCGCUGGAAACAGGAGAAGCAGAAAAAAGAACGGAGUUUAUUUCCAAACUCACAUUGCUGAAGGAGCAGUGGCAGAGUGUUGUUCGGAUGGUUCAGCAGAGGAGGAAAGAUAUUGAUGGACUUGUGAAGCAGUGGCAACACUUCAGGGUUUCUCAACAGAAUCUCACAAAUUUUCUUACUUGCACAAAUAACUUCAUAGCGGCUGUGAAGAGCCAGGACAGCUACAGCCUCUACCAUCUUAGGAAUCUAAUUCACGAUUUCAAGAACAAGGACAUACUUCUUCAGAGAUGGCAAACUACAUAUUCCCUCGCUGUCGAUAUUGGGGAGAAGUUAUGUAAAGACUCAGACCCGGAGACCAAUGCUGUAAUACAAGGGGAACUCAGCCAGUUACAGGAGAAUUGGAAUGAUGCCCAGCUUCAAGUGGAGAAGAUCAUGAAACAGCUCCUCAGCACUGUGCAGACGUGGGACAGCUGCAAAAAGCUAAUCAAAGAAAUGGAAAGCAGGCUGCGAGAGCUUAAGGCAAAAGUAAAAGAUCCACUUCCAGAGGAUCAUGAAGAGCUCUACAAAACCAAGGAACAUGUUAAGGAACUGGAGAAGUCACUUGCAGACUGGAAUCAAAACGUGAAAGAACUUGAUAAUAUGAAGGCAGACUUGGCUCAUUAUAUCCUUGCAGAAGAUGUGAUGCUGCUGAAGGAGCAAGUAGAGCAUUUGCACAGACAAUGGGAAGAACUCUGCUUACGAGUGUCUCUGCGUAAGCAGGAGAUAGAGGACAGACUCAAUGCGUGGACUGUGUUCGAUGAAAAGAAUAAGGAGCUAUGUACAUGGCUGGUAGAGAUGGAAAGCAAAGUGUUACAGACUGCAGAUGUUAGCAUUGAAGAUGUGAUAGACAAAUUACAAAAGGACUGUAUGGAAGAAAUAAACCUGUUUGGUGAAAAUAAACUUCAUUUGAAGCAAAUGGGUGAUCAGCUGAUCAAGACUAGCAACAAGAGCAGAGUCACAGAAAUAGAUGACAAACUCAAUAAAAUUAACAAUCGGUGGCAGCAUCUCUUUGAUGUCUUUGGAGGACGGCUGAAGAAACUGGAAGGGACCUUUGCUGUCAUACAGACAUUAGACAAAAAUAUGAGUACCCUUCGCACCUGGUUGGCUCGCAUUGAGGCUGAGCUUUCCAAGCCUGUUGUGUAUGACAUCUGUGAUGAUCAAGAGAUCCAGAAAAGACUUGCUGAGCAGCAGGAUCUGCAACGAGACAUUGAGCAGCACAGUGAAGGGGUAGAAUCUGUGUUUAAUAUCUGUGACAAGUUGCUGAGCGAUUCAGAUGCAUGUGCUAAUGAGACAGAAUGUGACUCCAUCCAGCAGACUACCAGGAGUCUGGACAGACGGUGGAGAAACAUUUGUUCCAUGUCUAUGGAGAGGCGAAUGAAAAUUGAGGAAACCUGGCGCCUGUGGCAGAAGUUUUUGGAUGAUUAUUCUCGCUUUGAAGACUGGUUGAAAUCGGCCGAAAGGACAGCAGCUUAUCCCAACUCUUCCGAAGUUUUAUACACAAAUGCCAAAGAGGAGCUGAAGAAGUUUGAGGCAUUUCAAAGACAAAUUCAUGAGCGACUCACUCAGCUGGAGCUAAUCAAUAAACAAUAUAGGCGGCUUGCCCGCGAGAAUCGUACAGAUUCAGCCAGCAAGCUGAAACAGAUGGUACAUGAAGGCAACCAGCGCUGGGACAAUCUCCAGAAACGGGUUGCUGCCAUUCUAAGAAGACUGAAGUACUUCACCAACCAGAGAGAUGAGUUUGAGGGAACAAGGGAAAGCAUUCUUGUGUGGCUCACAGAAAUGGACCUUCAGCUGACAAAUGUGGAACACUUCUCAGAGAGUAACUUUGAUGACAAAAUGCGGCAAUUAAACGGUUUCCAACAGGAAAUAACCCUAAACACCAAUAAGAUCGAUCAGCUCAUAGUUUUUGGAGAGCAGCUGAUUCAGAAGAGUGAGCCUUUGGAUGCUAUCCUGAUUGAAGAUGAGUUGGAGGAACUGCAUAGAUACUGUCAGGAAGUGUUUGGACGAGUCUCUCGGUUCCACCAAAGAUUGACUUCCAGGCAUCCUGGGACAGAAGAUGAUAAAGAUACAUCUGAAAAUGAGACAGAUGCAGAAGACUCAAGAGAAAUGCAAAAUGCUCCCUGGCAUAAGAAGGCAACAAAUGAGGUGCCUUCUUCCCAGCAGUCCCUUUGCCAUCUUGUGUCCCCUGCACCAGCUCAUGAAAGGUCAGGCUGUGAGACCCCUGUCAGUGUUGACUCCAUCCCACUUGAAUGGGAUCACACAGGUGAUGUAGGGGGCUCUUCCUCUCAUGAGGACGAAGAAGAAGGAACAUACUACAGUGCUCUCUCGGAUGUAGAAAUCACUGAAAAUCCUGAGGCAUAUCUUAAAAUGACCACAAAAACUUUGAAAGCAUCUUCUGGAAAAUCCAUUUCAGAAGCUCUUACAUGGCAUUCCCCGGAGAGCCCAGCCUACAGAAAACAUCAGUACCACCAGGCAGAGAUGGUGAGAAAUGUGCAAUCUGGCAGCCCAGAGACAAGUACCCCAUAUAAGCCAGGCUAUGUUAAACAGCUAGUGUCUGCAAACAGUGGGAGCACGGACUGUGUGAAAGAAGUAUCUGCUAUAUUGAAUGAUGAAGAGCCCCAAAAUGAACAGGGGCUUGUGAGCAUUGCAGCUGCAGAGAAGCAGUCAGGUACAGCUGUUAUUGAGAGAUGGGAGCUCAUUCAAGCUCAGGACCUAAGAAAUAAACUUAGAAUGAAACAGAAUUUGCAGCAGUGGCAACAACUGAACUCUGACCUCAGUGAUAUUACUGCUUGGCUGGAUAAAACUGAAGAAGAGCUGGAAGAAUUACAGAAAGCAAAGCCUGCAACCAAUAUGCAUACAAUGGAACAAAGAGUAAAGAAACUGAAAGACAUGCUUAAAGCUUUUGAUAACUACAAGGCUUUAGUGUUCUCCGUUAAUCAGAGCAGCAAAGACUUCCAGCAAACGGAUAGCACUGAAUCAAAAGAGCUUCAAAACAGACUUCGACAAGUGAAUUUGCGCUGGGAGAAAGUAUGUCAUUCAAUGGACAACUGGAGAAGGGGUUUACAACAAACCCUAAUGCAGUGCCAGGAUUUCCAUGAACUGAGUCAGAAACUACUCUUGGGACUAGCAAGUGCUGAAAGUCUAAGACAUAAUGCACAAUUCACUGAUCCAAAUGCUGACCCCCAUACAAUACUGGAGUGCCAAAAAGAAUUAAUGCAACUGGAGAAAGAGCUGCUGGAAGAACAGCUACAAGUAAAUGCUCUACAGGAAAUCUCCACCUACCUUCUAGUUAAAUCAGAUGCAGAAGAUUAUAUUGAAGCUGAUGAGAAAAUACACGUAAUUGGAAAGAAACUGAAAAGGCUUCUUGAACAGGUUUCACAUGACUUAAAAACUUCACAAGGAAACAUGGACAUCAGUGCAUUUCUGCCAGCAGCAGAUGACUUGGAUUCUGGAAGUUAUCAUCCACUAGUAGCGAAAUCCAGCCCACAUGAAAUGGUUGGUGGUGUAAGGAGAACUUCGGAAGGCAAGAGCAGCAGUGUCAGAAUGGGAGACCAGCCUGAAACCACUCAAGCAACUUCCAGCCCCCAAUCCUUCUUUUAUCGUGUAUUAAGAGCCGCUUUACCUCUGCAGUUCCUCCUCCUUUUGCUUUUGCUUCUGGCCUGCAUGAUCCCAUCCUCAGAGGAAGACUACAGCUGCACACAAGUGAACAACUUUGCCCGCUCUUUCUAUCCCAUGCUGAGAUAUACCAAUGGACCUCCACCAACCUAGAAAGCGUCCCAUGACUCUACAAUAUACCAAAACACGUUUUCUCAUGGGUGCUUAUUUUCAUGCUGCUUCUAUCAAACAGUGCAUUCAUGUACUUAAAUAUAGAAAGUUCCAUAGUGUUUCACAUUUUGACCCUCUCUGCUAUGCUUUCCUGACACUAGCCACUAAUGCACCUGUUUCCUGGGUCCCACAGCAAGAAAUGCACACAGUACUACCACUGAAAUAUAAGUGAGGCAUUAUUUAAAUGGCCUCCUUCCAAUGCAUAGCAGGGAAGGGAACAUAUUAAACCUCACAAGAUCUUUUCAGAAUUUCAGUGAGUAACACAGCAUUGUUCGUACAGAAAAUGAAUUUUCUAUACAUUUUUUAAACUCUAAGCAACAUACUUUGAUGCACUAGAUACAAGCAUUUUAUAAAUACAGUCCUCAUAACUUGGAAGGUCCACAGAACAGGUUGACAGACGAAUAAUGGGACAUUAGUUACAGACACUAUGGUAAUGUAAUAUUAAACACUAAUGGUCUCUGUCAUGGUUUAAUAUGACAAUAGCAAUCUUAAGUGCAUGCACAUAUCAUUGGCAACAGUUUGCAUCUUUGGGUACUGUAGUAAACUGAAACAGAUUUAAAUCUAAUAUUUUUGUUAUAUUGUACUUUUCAUACAACACUUUCAGUGAAAAUUAUACAUAUUUUAUGUGCAAAGUGUUCAGUGCUUAGGACUGCUGUGUUGUAGUUGGAUGUGUCGUUUUUUAUACUAUGUUUUAAAUAAGAAUUGAUAUUGCAUGGAAGUGGUUUUAUAUUGUGCAUAUUUUCUAAAUGAAAAUAAUUAUGAUGUAGAUUAUACACUAUAUGUAUACAUAUGUAAGCUGACUUUUUAAUCAAAGAUUUUUGGUUUAAUAAUCUUCUGAAUAAUGUACAGUAUGCCAAAAGAGAUUUUUAUAAGUUAACUUUAAGACUUUUCACAUUUAAAGUGAAGCUAAAACUUCAGGUGAUGAUAUGAGAAAAAGUUUUAUUAGAAUAACGAUGUUUGGUGGAGGUACAGUUCAAACAUUUUUCUCAUUAAAAUUCUGCUGAUAGUUGCAA